GUGUGCGCGCGCGCGAGCAGAGAAAGAGGAGACGGCGUCGUGCGCACACAAAAAACAAACAAACAAACAAAAAAACGCGGAAAUAUAUCUAAAUUCUGUGCGCACAUCUUUAAGAAAAAAGCUUCCAUGUAUUGAUUGAUUGAGAAAGUGGAUGCAGAGUUUUUGUUUUUUUUAUGUUGUUAUUGUACCGGAGUGCCAUUAAGUUACUGAAAACCUUCGGAGCGACACGGAUUAUCCCACCAAGAAAUCACUUUAUGUAGCUAGCUGAAGUGUUGGCGGACUUAAGUUAAAGUUUUCUGCUAUGUCUGGGAGUGAGGAUGACAGAGACGGCUACGGAGCCCCCGACGACCGGCUGAUUCAGGAUGAAGAAGAGGAGGUUUCAGAGAAUGAAGUGCCGAAGGUGAAGAAGAAGAAAAAGGCCAAGAAGAACAAAGAGAACAAGAGCAGCAAGCGGCGCUCGCGCAGGGAGCUCCAGGAGCUGGCUGUCAGCUCCCCAGAGCCUAUGGACCUGGGUGGGGUGGAAGAUGCCGAAGACAGUGUACCUGCCCCUCGCUCUGACAGCGAGGGCAGCGAUUACAUGCCCGGUCGCAAGAAGAAGAAGAGAGCCAGCAGUAACAAGGACAAGAAGAGGGGCAGUGCAGGAGGCUCUUCCAAGAGGAAAGAACCGGAGCUAGAAGAUGAUGAUGACGACGACGAUGACGACAACUCUGAGCCCAAAUCAUCAUCCCAGCUGCUGGAUGACUGGGGCAUGGAGGAUAUCGACCACAUCUUCACUGAGGAAGACUACCGCUCUCUGACAAAUUACAAGGCUUUCAGCCAGUUUGUCAGGCCUCUAAUUGCAGCCAAAAAUCCCAAGAUUGCUGUUUCCAAGAUGAUGAUGGUUCUUGGAGCCAAGUGGCGUGAGUUCAGCACCAACAACCCCCUGAGGGGAGCCGCUGCCGCCAAUGCCGCCUUGGCUACAGCUAACGUACCAGCAGCAGUUGAAACAAUGGUGUCUGAGGUUGCCCCAGCUGCUGUGGAACCCUUGGCCCCUGCAGAACUCCAGCAACCCCCUGCUCCACCCCUACGCAAGGCAAAGACUAAGGAAGGCAAAGGUCCCAAUGCCCGCAAGAAGUCCAAGCCAGCUCCCAAACCACAGGAGAAGAAGAAUAACGCCAAGACCAAGAAAGUGGCUCCUCUGAAAAUCAAACUGGGAGGCUUCAACAGCAAGAGGAAACGCUCUUCGAGCGAGGAGGAUGAGCCUGAUGUGGAGAGUGAUUUUGAUGAAAGCAGCAUGAACAGCGUCUCCAUCUCAGAGGGGUCCAACAGUCGAAGCAGCCGGAGCAAAAAGAAGUUGUCUAAUAAGACUAAACCCAAGAGGAAGAAAGAAACUGACGAUGGCGAUGGCUACGAGACAGACCAUCAGGACUACUGUGAGGUUUGCCAACAGGGCGGUGAGAUUAUCCUGUGUGACACCUGUCCACGAGCAUACCACAUGGUCUGCCUGGACCCUGACAUGGAGAAAGCCCCCGAGGGAACCUGGAGUUGUCCGCACUGCGAAAAAGAGGGCAUCCAGUGGGAGGCGAGGGAGGAAGCAUCUGAGGGCGAGGAUGAUAACGGUGAGAUGGUAGAGAUGGAGGAGGAUGACCACCAUAUGGAGUUCUGCAGGGUGUGUAAGGACGGAGGAGAGCUCCUCUGCUGCGACUCCUGCCCGUCCUCUUACCACAUCCACUGUCUCAACCCGCCACUCCCUGAGAUCCCCAACGGGGAGUGGAUCUGCCCCCGCUGCAUGUGUCCACCAAUGAAGGGGAAGGUGCAGAAGAUCCUGACAUGGCGAUGGGGAGAUCCCCCGCCCCCUACACCUGUACCCCGCCCUGUAGAUCUUCCAGCUGACUCCCCUGACCCCGCCCCGCUGGCAGGGCGGCCAGAGAGGGAAUUCUUUGCCAAAUGGGCCAACUUAUCCUACUGGCACUGCUCAUGGGUCACCGAGCUGCAGCUGGAGCUGCACUGCCAGGUGAUGUUCAGGAACUACCAGAGAAAGAAUGACAUGGAUGAGCCACCACCCAUUGACUUUGGUGAUGGUGACGAGGACAAAAGCACCAAGAGGAAGAACAAGGAUCCCAUAUAUGCACAGCUGGAGGAGAAGUACCUCCGCUUUGGCAUCAAGAUGGAGUGGCUGAUGAUCCACCGCCUCCUAAACCACAGUGUGGACAGGAAAGGCGAUGUUCAUUACUUGAUCAAAUGGCGAGAACUUCCAUAUGAUCAGGUGACCUGGGAGUCCGAGGACAUGGAUAUACCAGAUUUUGAUACAUAUAAGGUGCAGUACUGGAACCACAGAGAGCUGAUGAUGGGAGAUGAUGGCAAACCAGGGAAGAAGAUCAAGGUGAAAGGACGAGUGAAGAAGCCAGACAGGCCUCCUGAGAACCCCGUGGUUGACCCAACCAUAAAGUUUGACCGUCAGCCAGACUACCUCGAUGCCACGGGGGGGACGCUGCAUCCGUACCAGUUGGAGGGACUCAACUGGCUGCGGUUCUCCUGGGCUCAGGGCACUGACACCAUCCUGGCUGAUGAGAUGGGUUUGGGAAAGACUGUGCAGACUGCUGUCUUCCUCAAUUCACUCUAUAAAGAGGGGCACUCCAAAGGUCCCUUCCUGGUCAGCGCCCCACUCUCCACCAUCAUCAACUGGGAGAGAGAGUUUGAGAUGUGGGCACCUGACAUGUAUGUGGUGACCUAUGUUGGUGACAAGGACAGCAGAGCUGUCAUUCGAGAGAACGAGUUCUCCUUUGAGGACAAUGCCAUCCGUGGUGGGAAGAAGGCGUCCAGGAUGAAGAAAGACUCGUCUAUUAAGUUCCAUGUGCUACUGACCUCGUAUGAGCUGAUCACCAUCGACAUGGCAAUUCUUGGCUCUAUAGACUGGGCCUGCCUGGUGGUGGAUGAAGCCCACAGGCUAAAAAACAAUCAAUCGAAGUUUUUCAGAGUUUUGAACAACUACCCUCUGCAGCACAAACUGCUGCUGACUGGAACUCCUCUGCAGAACAACCUGGAAGAACUUUUCCACCUGCUCAACUUCCUCACCCCCGAAAGGUUCAGUAACCUGGAAGUGUUCCUGGAGGAAUUUGCCGAUAUUGCCAAAGAGGACCAAAUCAAGAAGCUGCACGACAUGCUGGGUCCGCACAUGUUGAGGAGGCUGAAAGCCGACGUCUUCAAGAACAUGCCGUCCAAGACGGAGCUCAUUGUCAGAGUGGAGCUCAGCCCCAUGCAGAAAAAGUACUACAAAUUUAUUCUGACGAAAAACUUUGAGGCCUUGAACACAAAAGGAGGUGGAAACCAGGUUUCUCUGCUCAACGUCGUCAUGGACCUCAAAAAAUGCUGCAACCACCCCUACCUCUUCCCCACAGCUGCUAUGGAAGCUCCAAAGAUGCCCAAUGGGAUGUAUGAAGGCAGCGCUCUCACAAAGGCUGCUGGGAAACUGCUGCUUCUGCAGAAGAUGAUGAGGAAGCUGAAGGAGGGGGGGCACAGAGUGCUCGUCUUCUCUCAGAUGACCAAGAUGUUGGACCUGCUGGAAGAUUUCUUGGAAAAUGAAGGCUACAAGUAUGAGAGGAUUGACGGUUCCAUCACUGGAGGAAUGAGACAGGAAGCCAUUGACCGCUUUAACGCUCCCGGAGCUCAGCAGUUUGCUUUCCUGCUGUCAACUAGAGCCGGCGGUCUGGGUAUCAACCUGGCCACUGCAGACACUGUCAUUAUCUACGACUCUGACUGGAACCCUCAUAAUGACAUUCAGGCUUUCAGCAGAGCUCAUCGUAUUGGACAGAACAAGAAGGUGAUGAUCUACCGUUUUGUCACCAAGGCCUCUGUGGAAGAGAGGAUUACUCAGGUUGCUAAGAAAAAGAUGAUGCUAACCCACCUAGUGGUUCGUCCUGGUCUGGGAUCCAAGACGGGCUCCAUGUCCAAACAGGAACUGGAUGAUAUUCUCAAGUUUGGAACAGAGGCACUCUUCAAGGAUGAAGGCGAAGGUGAGAACAAGGAGGAGGACAGCAGCAUAAUUCACUACGACGACAAAGCUAUCGACCGUCUGCUUGACAGGAACCAGGACGCCACAGAUGACACGGAGCUACAGAGUAUGAAUGAAUAUCUGAGCUCCUUUAAAGUGGCUCAGUAUGUCGUGAAGGAUGAGGAGGAGGAGGAAGAGGAGGUGCAGCGGGAGAUCAUCAAACAGGAAGAGAGUGUGGAUCCGGACUACUGGGAGAAGCUCCUGCGCCAUCACUACGAGCAGCAGCAAGAGGAUCUGGCUCGAAACCUGGGCAAAGGCAAACGCAUCCGCAAACAGGUCAACUACAACGACGGCUCCCAAGAGGACCAAGGUUUCCCAAGAACAAGGAAAGCUGACUGGCAGGAUGACCAAUCUGACGGCCAGUCGGAUUACUCUGUGGCAUCUGAGGAGGGAGAUGAGGAUUUUGAUGAGCGAGCAGAAGCCAACUCUCGCAGGCCGAACAGGAAGGGCCUGAGGAAUGACAAAGAUAAGCCGCUGCCCCCCCUGCUGGCCAGAGUGGGAGGCAACAUCGAGGUGUUAGGUUUUAACUCUCGACAGAGGAAGGCCUUCCUGAACGCAGUGAUGCGUUAUGGGAUGCCACCCCAAGAUGCUUUCACCACCCAGUGGCUGGUCAGGGACCUGCGAGGGAAAUCUGAGAAAGAGUUCAAGGCAUACGUCUCUCUGUUCAUGCGUCAUCUGUGUGAGCCUGGAGCAGAUGGAGCGGAGACCUUUGCAGAUGGCGUCCCAAGGGAAGGACUGUCAAGGCAACACGUCCUCACCCGCAUCGGGGUUAUGUCGCUCAUUCGUAAAAAGGUCCAGGAGUUUGAGCAUGUGAACGGUCAGUGGUCGAUGCCCUGGAUGGCUGAGCUGGAGGAGAACAAGAGGGCAGCAGCUCAGCCUGACUCACCCGGAAAAACCCCCUCUACAGGCACCCCUGCCGACACCCAGCCCAACACCCCAGCUCCCGUUGACGAUGCCUUGAAGAACGAUGACGGAGAGAAGGAGGCGAAAAAAGACGCAGAAGUGGAGAAGAACGGCAAAGAUUUCCCGAAGACCAGCGAUGAGAUUAUUGCCAUCCCAGAUGAUGAUGAGGAGGAGGAGCAAGAGGAGGAGAAGAGCCCACCCGAGGAGCAGGAAAAAAAGAAGAAUGGGGAGGAGCCAAUGGAGACAGACAAACCCGCAAAUGGAGAUAUCGAAAGCGUGAAAGAAAAAAAUGGUGAGAAGGAGGGAGAGAAUGGCAAGACGAGUCCAGAAGGAAGAGAGGAAACCAAGUCACCCUCAGAGGAAAAGAUGGAGGACUCAGAGGUCAAACCCGAUGCUUCUGAGGUCAAAGCAGAUGAGAAGAAAGAAGAAAAGAUGGACACAGCUUCAGCCGCAGAGGGAAAGAAAGCUACAGACCAGAAGGAAGAAAAGGAGGUGCAGAAACCUGAAGAGGUGACAAAGCUGCAGAAUGGAGAUGGCAGCAAGGAGGGCAGUGCCUCAGCUGGUGCCCCCGCAGGGGGUGGAGUCAGUGAAGAGAAGAAGAAGAUUAAAACCAAGUUCAUGUUCAACAUUGCUGAUGGCGGAUUCACAGAGCUUCACUCCUUGUGGCAAAAUGAGGAGCGCGCCGCCACCGUUACCAAGAAAACCAAUGAGAUCUGGCACCGUCGUCAUGACUACUGGCUACUAGCUGGCAUCAUACAACACGGAUACGCCCGCUGGCAGGACAUCCAGAAUGACGUGAAGUUUGCCAUCCUCAACGAGCCCUUCAAAGGAGAGAUGAACCGAGGCAACUUCUUGGAAAUAAAGAACAAGUUCCUCGCUAGGAGGUUCAAGCUGUUAGAGCAGGCGCUGGUGAUUGAGGAGCAGCUACGUCGUGCAGCCUACCUCAACAUGUCCGAGGACCCCUCCCACCCCUCCAUGGCCCUGAACACGCGCUUCAGUGAGGUGGAGUGUUUAGCCGAGUCGCACCAGCACCUCAGCAAAGAAUCCAUGUCGGGAAACAAGCCAGCCAACGCCGUUCUGCACAAAGUGCUGAAGCAGCUAGAGGAGCUGCUGAGUGACAUGAAGGCGGACGUAACUCGUCUUCCAGCAACCAUUGCCCGGAUACCACCAGUUGCUGUGCGACUGCAGAUGUCAGAGAGGAACAUUCUGAGCAGACUGGCAAGUCGAGGGCCUGAGACACAACCGCAGGUGCAGACACAACAGAUGUCGCAGCAGUAGAUUCCAGGGCUGCUCUUUACCUCAAACUGCCCCCUGCCUCACCUCCACAUUCCUGAUUGGUGCACAGCUGAAUGACAGACAGUGCGCCCAAGCUUGAAGCCACACCCAGUCCACUUCUCUCCUCCUCCUUUCUCAUCCUCCAAAAACAGACUUUAUGGACUCUGUGGAGGAUUGAACCCCAUUUCAACCCAAACUUUUGAGACUGUGGACAGAAAAGCUAUUUUAUUUCCCCCUCCCCUCCUUUUUUCAAUUUCUGUAUUAUUAUUGAUAUAAUGUUAUUACAAUGGUUUUUUUGGGACCGAAAUAAAAAAUGUAAUAAA